GGGACCCGCCUCGCUGCUCCUCCGUCUCUCCCCACCCAUCGCCUGGAUGGAGGAAGUCGGAGAGACGACCCUGUGAAGCCCCAACGGAGAAGCCGCCUGUCCCCAAGACUGCAGGGCGACUUAUUUUGAGAAAACGAGAAGAGUUGAUCAGCAUGAGCAGAACCGUUUCUCCAAGCUGGAUACGCCUUAUCUAUUUUUAAGUCCUCCUUUUCAGAGAUUAAAUGUAUCGGAACGUCAACUCUCCAAAACUUCCUAGCCAAGAAUGUACUGGUCCGUGGGAUCUGGUGGUGGCGACGGCUCUAGCCCCAUGGAACCGCAAGAUGGUCCCGUGGACAUGGGUGGCCGGCAGUCCACAGCCAGCGAUCUCUCCAUCAGCGAGUCUCCUGUGACAGAAACCAUCCAGGGUGCUUAUAAAAGUGGAGACUUCACUAAAGCCCAGGAGCUGAUCAAAAGAACGUGUCAGGAGAACCUCUUCCAAGUGGAAAAGUGCCAUCUCUUGAGCAUUUCAGCGGCCUAUGGGGACCUGCAGGUGGUGAGGUAUUUGCUGAAAGAAGUUUGUGUGACGUUGCCCACAGAACCAAAUGACGACAAUCCAGCAGUGCUGGCAGCAUAUUUCGGACACUCGGAUGUUGUGACAGAACUGCUAGAUUCUCUUCCUGCGCCGACCAACUCCUUGCAGCUUUUGAACUGGAUGCUGGCUGUCGCUUGCCAGCGAGGCCACUCGGAGGUUGUCCGGCUCUUGGUCUGCACGUACCGCGUCGACCCGGACAGCUGCGCCGUGCGGAAGAACGAGUUCCCUGCCCUAAUCCGAUUGCCUCUCUACGCUGCGAUCCGAGCAGGGCAUGAGGACAUAGCUGCUUUUUUGCUUCAAAACGGAGCUUUCUUGGGUUCCUACACCCUAAUGGAUUGCCCUGUGGAGAGCAAGCGCAUUUUGCACAAAUACUUCAUCGAGCCAACCACGUCGACCAGGACUUCUCCAGCGAAACCAGGGUUAUGUGUGAACUGGUCAAACCUGCAUCUUCCUUGGGUGGAUUUGGAUUGGCUGAUCGAUAUUUCCCUCCAAAUAACUGAGCUGGACCUCUCGGCCAACUGCUUAACCUCCGUCCCAUCUGUGAUCCCCUGGGGGCUGAUAAAUAUCCAGAAACUGAACCUCUCCGAUAACCGGUUGAACGAGAUCUCCGAUGUUCAAUCUUCAGACAGCAUCCUCUGCUCAAGGUUACUUGAGAUUGAUGUGUCUGCCAACAGAUUCCAGAACCUCCCUUCGGGAUUCCUACACCUUUCCCGACUCCAAAGCCUCAUUGCUACCAAAAAUUAUUUGGAAAGGUUAUUCAAUGAGGAUAAUGCGACUAACUGGUUGGGGUUGAGGAAACUGAAUGAGCUGGACGUUUCUGACAACCGGUUGGUGGAGCUGCCUGCUCCAUUCCUCCACAGUUUGAAAUCUCUGAACAUCUUGAAUGUCUCCAAAAAUAAUUUGAAAGAGUUUCCUCAGCCUUGGGUUUGUCCCUUGAAAUGUUGCAAGGCAGAUAAAAACGCUUUGCAGUGCCUACCCGAUACUUUGGGUGCCUUCUGGAAAAACCAUCUGAAGGAAGUCGAUUUUUCGGAAAAUGCCCUAAAAGAAGUCCCCCAAUGUCUUUUCCAGCUUGAAGCCUUGGUAUCAUUGAAACUUUCAGGAAAUCAGUUAAGCAUCUUGCCUUCGCCAGAAAAGUGGUCUUGCAGGCUGUUGAAGACUUUGGAUCUCUCAAAGAACCAACUCGGGAAAGCCGACGAAGGAGCCAAAACCAAGCGGAUUUCGUUUUUCUCGACGAAGUGCAGAACCCGCAGCGGCACUGAGACAGGUCCUACCUUGGAGUUUCCCGAAUUCCUGUGUGAGUCUCUGGAAGUCCUCUACCUGAAUGACAACCAACUAGACACCGUCCCCCAAUCUGUCUGCUUCCUGAAAGGGCUGUCCGAGCUUUACUUAGGCAAUAACCGGGGCAUUCAAGAGCUCCCUCCUGAACUUGGACAGCUGUCUAAUCUUUGGCAGCUGGAUCUCGAGGAGUUAACUAUUGCCAACCUUCCUGCUGAGAUCAGAAAAGAAGGCCCAAAGACCAUCUUAGCUUUCUUACGAGCCCAGCUACGGAAGGCUGAGCCAUGCAACUCGAUGAAGAUGAUAGUGGUGGGCCCCCCGCGGCAGGGAAAGUCCACACUGAUCGAAAUCCUUCAGACAGGAAGAACUUCCCAAGCGAUGCCGAGCGACGUCACAAUCCGGACCACAAAGUGGGAGCUUCCGAAACCACCCGGAUUCAAAUCGAAGAUCGAUUCUGUGGUGUUUAAUGUCUGGGAUAUCGGCGGUCCCGCCAGCAUGUCGACAGUCAACCAGUGUUUCUUCACAGAUAAAGCAUUGUAUGUUGUUGUCUGGAACUUGGCUUUGGGCGAAGAAGCCAUUGCGAAUCUUCAGUUCUGGCUGCUGAAUAUUGAGGCCAAAGCUCCGAAUUCGGUGGUGCUGGUGGUCGGGACACACCUUGACUUAAUUGACACCAAAUUCCGCGUUGAGAGGAUCGCCACCCUGAGAGCCUACGUCCUGGCGAUCUGCCGGUCUCCUGCUGGCUCGAGAGCCACUGGAUUCCCAGAUAUCACUCUGAAGAAUUUACACGAGCUCUCGUGUAAGACCCUGGAAGGCCUCGACGGGCUCCGGCAACUGAUUUACCACAUCACUUGUAAUAUGAAGGACGCCGGCAGUUCUAUCUGCUCACAAAAACUUGUUGGCAGGCUGAUACCAAGGAGUUACCUGCGCUUCCGAGAAUCCAUCAUAGCCGAACAACAGAGGAGAAGCCAAAAGUUCAGCGUCCAAUACCUAAUGGACAAGGAGAUAGAGACCCUCGUAGAGAGAACGCCAGGAAAUGACAUCAGGGACUAUGAGGAUUUGCAGUCUGCCAUCAACUUCCUAAUAGAAACAGGGACUUUACUACACUUCCCGGAUACAAGCCACGGGCUGAGGAACCUCUAUUUUCUCGACCCGGUCUGGUUGUCCGAGUGUCUGCAGCAAAUCUUCAGCAUCAAAAGUUCAAAGUCGGUUGCCAAGAACGGGGUGAUCAAAGCCGAGGACCUGCGGAUGCUACUGAUCGGGACAGGCUUUAUCAAGCAGACGGAAGAACAGUAUUUCCAAUUCCUUGCCAAGUUUGAAAUCGCACUCCCGGUAGCCAACAACAGUUAUCUCCUCCCUCAUCUGCUUCCUGCCAAACCAGCUUUGGACAUCCACAGCAUACGUCACCAGAUGGCCAACGCCAUCCAGAGGGUGUUCAAGAUGAGCUUCGUUCCUGUCGGCUUUUGGCAAAGGUUCAUCGCUCGGAUGCUUAUCAGUCUGGCGGAGAUGGAUCUCCAGUUCUUUGAAAACAAAAAGGCUACCAAGAACAGGAGAAAAAGUACCGUUAUCUAUAGCUUCACAGGCAGACAGCGAAACAGAUGCAGCACGUUCCGAGUGAAGAGGAAUCACACCAUUUAUUGGCAGGAGGGCUUGUUUGUCACCUUUGAUGGAGGCUAUCUAAGUGUGGAGUCUUCUGACGUGAACUGGAAAAAGAAGAAAAGUGGUGGAAUUAAAAUCAUCUGCCAGUCGGACACGAGGGAUUUUUCUGCAAUGGCGUUUAUCACUGAUCAUAUCAACUCUCUGAUAGACCAGUGGUUUCCCGCGCUGACGGCCACAGAAAGCGACGGAACUCUCCUCAUGGAGCAAUAUGUCCCUUGCCCAGUCUGUUCCACCCCUAAAACUCAAGAUGGAAAAAGCCAGCAAAUAGAAGACAUGCAGUUCUUCAACAUGGAGGACUGUGUUCUCACAGCCAUAGAGUUGGACACCAUUACCUGUCCGAACCACCCGGAUAUCCCUGUCCCAUUACAGGAACUGGUUCCAGAGCUUUUCAUGACAGAUUUUCCUUCAAGGUUAUUUUUGGAAAACAGCAAACUGGCAUACAGCGAAAAUGAAAACAAUAUUCUCGGCCAAGGAGGAAGUGGAACAGUUAUAUAUCAGGCGCAGUACCAGGGGAAACUGGUGGCUGUGAAACAGUUCCUGGUGAAAAAAUGCAUAAAUUCUGCAUUUUCAGCUACAGACACAAUGCUGAGGCACCUGUGGGCCGCAGAUGCCAUGAAGAACUUUUCUGAGUUCCGGCAGGAAGCCAGCAUGCUCCACUCUCUGCAGCACCCUUGUGUCGUCUCCCUGAUUGGGAUCAGCAUCCACCCGCUUUGCUUUGCCUUAGAGUUGGCCCCACUGGGGAGUCUCACCACCGUGUUAUCUGAGAACUCUAAAGGGGCAUCCUUUGUGCCACUGGGACACAUGUUAACCCUGAAAAUAGCAUAUCAGAUAGCAGCGGGCCUGGCCUACCUCCAUAAGAAGAAUAUCAUCUUCUGUGACCUGAAGUCAGACAAUAUUCUGGUGUGGUCCCUGGACGUGAAGGAAAGCGUCAACAUCAAGCUGUCGGACUACGGGAUUUCGCGGCAGUCCUUUCAUGAAGGGGCCCUUGGGGUGGAGGGAACGCCCGGCUACCAAGCCCCAGAGAUACGCCCUCGCAUAGUCUACGAUGAAAAGGUGGACAUGUUUUCCUACGGCAUGGUCAUUUACGAGCUGCUCUCCGGACAGCGGCCAGUCCUUGGGCAACAUCAGCUACAAAUCGCUAAGAAGCUUUCCAAAGGCAUCCGCCCCGCCCUGGGCCAGCCGGAAGAGGUGCAAUUCCACAGGAUGCAGGUUUUGAUGAUGGAAUGCUGGGACACGAAACCCGAGCAGCGCCCAUUGGCCACGUCCGUGGUAGGCCGAAUGAAAGACCCCACCUUUGCCACCUUCAUGUAUCUGCUGCCGUGUGGGAAACAGUCGUCGUUCUUCUCUUCGCAUGGGCAGGAAUACACGGUCAUAUUCUGGGACGGGAAGGAGGAAACCAGGAACUACACGGUGGUCAAUGCAGAGAAAGGACUCAUUGAAGUCGCUCGGAUGAGCUGCCCGGGGACAAAGCUUUGCUGCCAGCUGAAAGUGCAGAGUUGUCUGUGGACUGCCACUGAGGAUCAGAAGAUUUACGUGUACAGUUUACAAGGAAUGUGUCCUCUGAAGGCUCCCCAGAAGGGCUUAGACACCCCAGCGGCUGUUACCUGUCUCUUUGCUGUCCCCGAUGCCAAAAAGAACUCCUACUUUGUGCUGGCCGGCAUGUCCGACGGGCUGAUAGCGGUUUUCCAAGCCUCGUGCGGCAUCCCCCAAAACACCUGCCAGUACCUUUGCUCCCGCGCCGCUAACAGCUCCAUGUUCAUGAUUGGUGACGAUGAUCCCCGCCAGAACCCUUACCCCGUGAAAGCGAUGGAAACAGCAAAUAGCGGAACUGAAGUCUGGUACAGCAACGGGCCCGGGAUCCUCGUCCUAGACUGCACGGCCCUGGCGAUCGUCCGGAGACUGGAACCUUACAGCCCCCCGUCGACAGUCGUGUCUAUCGUUUGUAGCUCGGACUGUGAUGGAGAGGAGAUGGCGUGGUGUUUGGACGAUGAAACAAACUUCUUGGUCAUGUAUUACACUGCGACAUACCAACUGUGUGCCCGCUACUUCUGCGGAGACCGCAGCCCACUGAGAGACAUGUUCACCAUUCAGCAGCCUUCCGCCUUGAUUUCCACUAUGACGCUUGCAAGAAACAGGACGGCCACUCCCGAACUUGGCUCUCUGGUCGAUGUCAGCAUCGUGCAUAGCCCUGAGCUGGGCACACAGAUAUUAAACCACCAGGACUCCCUCACGGACUACUGUUCCUUGUCCUCACACAGCCCUUCUGUGAACAACAGGGUGAUGAGAUCUCCCUCGAGCUGGCCCAGUUCUCCCGUGAGCUCCUCCAGCGUGCCGUUCUCGGUGGACAGCGAGGAGCUCGACAAGCUCAAGGAAACGAGCCUUUGCAGGAAGCUGGAAAACGAUUCGGGGCCAGCCGACGAUGACACCGGGCAUCUCCAGGCCACGACGAUUCUUCCUGUGAAAGAUCUUGUUUGGAUUCCCAGGAGAGGCGGGGAUGUCGUUGUGAUCGGCCUGGAAAAGGAAGGCGACUCGCAGCGGGGGCGAGUGAUGGCUGUCCUGAAGGCUGCGGAACUGACCCCCCACGGGUCCCUGGUGGAUGCUGCCAUUCUGGCGAAGGACACGGUGGCCUGCUGCUUCAGAAAUGACAACAUGGACUUCUGUGUGGCCGUCUGGAAGGGCUGGGGGGCUAAAGAUUUUGACCUUUUCUACAAGUCCUAUGAGGAACUGGGCAGGCUCGAGACCUGCAUGAGGAAGAGAAGGUAGCGGUAGCAGGACAAAAAAAAAGGCAACCCCUCAAGAAGGCUCCACGGGUGGAAAACUGACACUCUUUUGGUUUUCCAGAAGUAUGGAAGCUUUAAGACACGCACGCACACCCCUAAAGCACAGAGGGACACUUUAAAUCUUCCACAUUUCUGGAAAACUGAAGCAGCCUGCCAGUCUCUUUGCUGCUAAAAGACACUUACCCGAAGAGUUCUUCCUGCAGCUUUUCAGUAAAGAGUUCGAAUUCUCUCAGUCUGGACAGCUGCCUCAGUCAAUCAAUCUAGACACCCUUCUUCUCAUUAUGUGUAUGUGCGAAUCUGGCCCAUAGAAGCCAUGUAAGGUCAACAUAAUGCUUUUUUCUUUUCUUUUUGAUGACACAGUGCUCACCAAAGCAAGCUAGUCUGGUCAUGAAUUACAGAAUACUGGGCCUGGGGUGCCCACGUUGUGUCAGACUUUCCCAAACUUGUGUAACCCAGUCACACAUGACUUUUCCUCUCCCUUUGCAAGAGAAGCGACAAUGAUCACACACUGCGUGUGUGGUGUACAGUUUCGGAUCAGAACCACAGUGCAUGUGGAGAACAAUCCCUCUCCCCGUGCACUCUUUCCCCACUGAGAAACAGUCCCCCAGGAAACCAUGAGACUUUCCCAGAUUGAGAACAUGGUAUGGGGGAAAGGCUGAAGUCUCUUCUCCAUAUUGUUAUCGUUUUGAUCCAAAAUCAGAAACAGCACAUGCAGCAGCCCAGUUCACAUGUGACUGUGUUACAACUGGUAUGGGGUAGAGACACCAGACCCCCCCCCCCCCCAUGUAUGUACUCCAGACUGUGUAAAUCAACCCUUGGAAUGGCCUUCCCCCAUGCACUGAUCCCUCGGUUCUGCAGACUUCAGAGGUUAGGAUGAUAGCAAUGGCCCUAGUCCAUUGAAAACUAGCCAUGAAUUGGUUUAAGAGCCAGUGUGGUGUAGUGGUUAAGAGCAGGUGCACUUUAAUCUGGAUAACCGGGUUUGAUUCUUCGCUCUGCCACUUAAGCUGUGGAGGCUUAUCUAGGGAACAAGAUUAGCUUGUGCAC